AUGGAAGCAGAAGUGCCACCGCAAAUAAAGCAAGAACCACCACUUGCAUCCAUAGCUACUCCAAACGACGUCGUUACUCCCACACCACCACCUCCUCAUCAUACUACUACUACUACUCUACCUCAUGAACCUCUCACACAUCAAGAUACCGAUGUUUCAUCAAAGAAGGGUUCAAAAGGAUCUCUUGACAGAGAUAUUGCUCUUUCACAGCUUGAAAAUGAGAAAAGAUCAUCUUUCAUCAAGGCAUGGGAAGAAAGCAAAAAAAGCAAAGUGAACAACAAGGCACAAAAGAAGCUCUCUGCAGUUGCAACAUGGGAGAAAACUCAUACAGCAAAGCUUGAAGCUAAACUGAAGCAACUUGAGGAUCAACUAGAGCAUAAGAAAGCAGAAUAUGCAGAGAAGAUAAAAAAUGAAGUAGCGUUAAUUCGUCAGGAGGCAGAUGAGAAGAGAGCUGUGGUUGAAGCGAGACGAGGGGAAGAAUUUCUGAAAGCAGAGGAGACAGCAGCCAGGUAUCGCGCUACGGGGCAAACCCCUAAGAAGCAGCUUCUUGGAUGCUGUGGAUGUUAA